CUUCUCCCCCGCUAUAAAUUGGCCCCAGUGGAGCGGGACGAGGAAUUUUCCCCAAUUUCUCUGAGAGAGAGAGAGAGAGAGAGAGAGAGAGAGAGAGGAGGGAUGCGAGAGGAGGUCAAAAGCUCGGGGACGGCGGAGCCCUUCGCGCUCGCGAGGUCGUCGUCUCCGCCUCCGACCCCCGCCGCGAGUUCGGCUGGUGCUUCCUCUCCUGCUGUGGCAACUAAUGUAGCCAGCAUAGAUUGGCUUGGUAGUGCGCAGGGUUCCAAAGCAGGUUCUUUGUCUGGUAUCGGUCCACGACCCCCUCGAACUUCUUUAAGCACAAAUGUUGGUGGCUCUGCUUUGGGAACCUCACAACCUUCAUGCCGACCAUGGGAACGAGGUGACUUGCUUCGCCGCCUUGCCACAUUUAGGCCUUCAAAUUGGUUUGCAAAACCAAAGGCGGCUAAUGCGCUGGCUUGUUCACGACGAGGUUGGCUGAACAUUGAUGUUGACAAAAUUGAAUGUGAGUCAUGUGGUGUACAGCUUAUAUUCGCUGUACUAUCUACCUGGACGCCUGCUGAAGUUGAUCGUGCUGUGGAAGCCUUUGCUGAACAGCUCGAUGCAAGCCACAAAGUUACUUGCCCAUGGAAAGGAAGCAGCUGUGCUGAUAGCUUGGUGCAAUUUCCCCCAACUCCUCAAUCAGCAUUAAUUGGUGGUUAUAAAGAUAGGUGCGAUGGGCUCUUGCAGUUCAUCUCUCUUCCAAUGAUAGCUUUAACAGCAAUCGAGACUAUGAGGCUCACAAGGAGCUCUCAGAUUGAUCGCCUUCUGUCACAACCAUACACAUUUUUAUCUGGGGAAUUAGGUUACAAAGCAGAUAGCACACCAGGACUAGAGCUCUCUCGAGAUGAUUCCCUUUAUAAUUACUCUCUUGCACAGAAGCUCAUAAGCCUUUGUGGAUGGGAGCCUAGAUGGCUCCCAAAUAUUCAAGACUGCGAGGAAAACUCAACUCAGUCUGCUAGAAAUGUGUGCUCAACUGGCCCAACCAAAGACCAAUUUCAAUCUCACCUUCCUGGGCUUAAUAAGAAAACACUCUCUGCAUCAGUUAAAAAAGGCACCAGGGAAAGAAAAGGAUCUGUUAAAGACUCUCGGUGCAACAUGAGGUCCCCCUUAUUAGAUUGCAGUUUAUGUGGGGCCACCAUCAGAAUCUGGGACUUCCGCACCGUUCCUCGUCCUGCUAGGUUCAGUCCUAACAACAACGACACGCCUGAUGCAGGCAAAAAGUCUCUACUGACUCGUGGGGUAAGUGCAGCUAGCGGAGUAAACGGCUGGGGUGCGGCUGAUGGAACAGAAAAAGAACAAAUAGAAGGUCGUGAGGAAGAAGCAACAACUGGUGAGGGGAAAUCACUAUCAAAUGCUGGCGUGGAUCUGAAUCUGACCAUAGCCGGAGGAUUGCCAUCCAUCCAUUCUGGUAUCCCACCAGUUUCAGAACAUUUUGAUGAUGGGGGCAUGGGGAGAGAUUUAAUGAUCGGACAGCCUACUGGAAGUGAGGUUGGUGACCGUGCUGCUUCAUAUGAAUCACGGGGUCCAAGCUCUAGGAAGCGUAACCUUGAGGAUGGUGGAAGCACAGUCGACAGGCCACAGGAUAGAAUUCAGCGGGCCGACAGUAUAGAAGGGACUGUUAUUGACCGUGAUGGUGACGAAGUUGAUGAUGGUACACAGAAUUCGGAUGGUCCAGCAAAACGUGCCCGUGGGUUGAAUAUCGAUACAUACCACCCAUUGUCUAGAAUUGAUUCUUCUGGUGCAGGCCCAAGUCGCUCUUUAUGCUUCGAUAUUGAGAUAGAUGUGAACAGGUCUGACCCCUUUAAAGAAGAGAAUGAUGCAGCUGCUACGCUCCCAGGCCUCCCGUCCACUAGAGAUUCUGCCCGGGCAUCCUCUGUUAUUGCGAUGGACACGAUCUGCCAUAGUGCCGAGGACGAUUCCAUGGAAAGUGUUGAAAACUAUCCGGGUGAUAUUGAUGAUAUUCAUUUACCCUCACCAAGGAUCCAUAGGAACCUUGACAUGAAUGAUGCCUUGGAUUUAAACUACAGCAAUCAAGCUCAGCAAAGUACCUGCCUACAACCUGCUGCUGGAAGUGCUGCUAGAGAGAUGGGAGGCAGCAGUACAAAUGAGGGGGAAGAAAUUCUUAAUGCAGAAAAUGCUACUAACUAUGCCAGGGACCGUUUUAGUUUAGGCCUCAGUGGAGGGAGUGUUGGUAUGGGUGCGAGCCAUGAAGCUGAAAUCCAUGGGGUUGAUGUUUCUGUGCAUAGAACAAAUAGCAUUGUUGGCGACGUGGAACCGAUCACUGAAGUCACGGAAAAUAUAGGGCAAACUGGUGAAUCAGUUCCAGGACCUGGAUUAAUGGACGAGUUUGUGCCGGAAGAUGUUGGUCGUGAGGAUCCUCAUGGGGAUAGCCAGGAUAUGGUGUCUCGAUCGAUGGGCAGAGCUGACAGUGGUUCAAAAAUUCAUGGCUCGACAAAAGCUGAUUCUGUUGAAAGUAGGGAGAAGAUGAGUGAUGCCCUAGGUCAUGAUAGCACUGCACAUCCUUCUCUUUCUUGCAAUGCGGUAAUUUAUUCUGGCUAUGAAGUGUCCAAGGAGGAGGUGACCCAGAGAGGCAAGGUGUCUAAUUUUGAUGAGGCGCCCUUGUUGUCGGAUGGUGAUCCUGGAAAUGGGUUAGCAAAUGGGGAAAAUGACUAUGAAUCAGAGGUUGGAGAAUUUGAUCCUAUUAAGCAUCAUAACAGCUAUUGUCCUUGGGUAAAUGGAAAUGUUGCAGCCGCUGGCUGUUACAGCGAUACUGCUUCUAGUUCGAGUACUCCAGUUGCUCUUUGUGGCUGGCAGCUUACAUUGGAUGCCCUCGACACUUUGCAAUCUCUAGGUCAUGUCCCAAACCAAACAAUGCAGUCAGAAUCUGCAGCUUCUCUCUACAAGGAUGAUCAUGUAACUCCUAACCACAAACUCGUGACACGCCACUCCGCAAGUAAAAGCCAUGGCAAACGUUGAUUGGCUAUCAUGGGAAAACAAACUAAUUGUUGCAGCUGAAACCAGAAAGGGAGAAGGCAGCAGAAAUAAUUCUAUUUAAUUUAUUUUCUUCAAGCAUGUUAGAGAACCAGACUUCUUAAGAAUCUUAGCAGGUAAAUUGACGAUGGUAUGUACUCUAGUGCUAUGUCUAUCAACAGAGAGCUAUAUCUUUCCUUUCCUGGCUGUGAUUAACAUGUGCAUCUGAUUAGGUUUGGGCCAUUGUGAUGUUGAGACUAUUCUCCUUUUAUUUCUUGUAUGCUAUAUUAUGUUUCAAGAAUUUACUUUUUGUUUCUAACUU